CGAUGCAAGUUGGAGUUGAUUCCAAGGGAAAAGUCUCUUCAAGAGCUGAAAGCAGAUACCAAAUCGUGUGGCUUUGUGAGACUCUGGGUCCUACCAGACUACUGUAUUGGUCCCCAGAUAACUGCUCCUACAUCAUCCGCCUCAAUGCCAACCGUAAAGCUUACACCAGCCAUCCUGUCAACACCAGCAGUCAGGACUACGCCAGCCAUCCCGUAAACGCCAGCCAUCAUGACUACGCCAGACAUCCCAUCAAUGCCAGCUGUCACGACUAUGCCAGACAUCCUGUCAACACCAGCCGACACGACUUCGCAAGCCAUCCCGUCAAUGCCAGCCAUCAUGUCAACGCCAGCCAUCCUGUCAACGCCAGCCCUCACGACUACACCAGCUGUUGAGAUUGACUAUGAUUUACAGAUUGACGUUCCAGAAAUUCAGAAUGCACAGAGUGAUUCCCUAUAUGAGCCUGCUGGGACACCCACGGUUCUCUUUCGACGUCAACAGACUGUCUUUGACAUAGCCAGAGACAAGGACCAGCCUGAUGACCAGACAGCCAACCAGUCAUCAGCCGUUCUGAAUGAGUUCAUCCCUGCUGUUCAAACAGCACAAGCCAUUCUACCUAGCGGUAUAACAGAUAAUGCUAGAGAGCGGCUCCAACAACUAGCCAGUACGUGCAUCACCGGUCCCAUUACAAUCCCUAUGCUCCUGGAGGUAAGACGAAACCAUGUCAUGAAAGACGCCCUAGGCACCAUACGGUACUCACAAGAUGACCUCAGCAGCAAACUCCAGAUCAAGUUCAUCGGUGAGGCGGGUGUUGAUCUCGGUGGUCUCCGUCGCGAAUUCUUUUCCCUCCUUGUAUACCAGUUCAGCCAUUCAGCGCUGACAUCAGGUUCUCCUGGGCGCCUCACAUUCAGGAAGAACUAUGUGGAGCGUGAGAAAAACACCUUGUUCCACCUUGGCCAGCUGGUGGCUCUGUCCAUUCUCCAAGAUGGUCCAGGUCUGCCUGUGUUUGCUGACUGUGUGGUCAAGAAGAUCCUCGACAUCAGAACCAAUGGUGUGAAUCCAAAUGACCUCAAUCCAGAGAUGGUAGAAACACUUGAAAAGAUGAUACAUGCCUCAUCAGACAGAGAGUUACAAGAGCUGUAUUUCAGCAUUUACGACCAGCGAGAGGCAGCAGGCUUCAUCCUCCCGUGUAACUCAUUAAAAAAAGACCACAUCCCCCUCCUGCAGUCCGCCCUUGUGAGCAACAUGGUCCUGGAUUGCAGAGAUGAACUGGACCAGUUCAUUGAAGGUCUACAAACUCACAAUGUGAUGACAUUGGUGAGGGAGGAGAAGCUGUGCUGUCUCUUCAGCGUUGGGAAGCCUCCAGUCACCGUUGUUGAUGUCAGAGGUUUGCUUAACUUCAAGUACCGUCAGGAUAUAAACCGGGAGGCUGACCGUGAAACUGGCCUGCAGUUUGUAAGAUUUAUUCAGGCGACGAAGGGUGAUUGGGGCCACCGUCAACGGGAUUACCCUGAAGCCACAUGAUGUCCUCAUGUGGAUGACGGGAUCAUCAGAAAUCCCGGCUGUGGGUUUCCACAAGCUCAUUGACAUAGAGUUUGGGUUGGAGGAAAGGGUUAACACAUGUGCACUUUGUGUAACUCUCAAGCAUCCGACGCCGAUGGUUGAGGACCCUGUGUUGUAUUUCACUGAGCGUGUAAUUAACUCAUCAUUAUUUGGUGCUAUGUGACAUGUCUAUAUGUUAUGGAGACUGUCAACUGUGUUGUAUUUUUAGCUAUCCUAAAAAGGAGAGUUCGAAACUGGGUCAUGCCGGGUCAAAAACUUGGUCUCAAGGUCAAAGAAAAGAAAACCUUGUUAACACUGUAGAAGUCACAUUUGAUUCCCAAUCAUCGUGUAACUUUGUGAAAUUGUUUGUCUAGUGAUAUGUUGGUUGAAUUCAAAAAUGGUCCCAGUCCCUUGAAAAUAUGGCGGCCAGGGGGCGGGGCAGUAUUCCUAAUAUGGCUAUUGAGAAACCUUGUGGACACUCUUGAAGUCACAUUUUUUACCUAAUCAUCAUGAAACUUGGUCAAAAAUUGGUUUCAUUGAUAUCUUGAACGAGAUCAAAAAUGGUCUAGAUCAGUAAAAAAACAUGGCUGCCAUGGGGCGGGGCAGUUUUUUCUAUAUGUAUACAGUGAAAACAUGUUAACACUGUAGAAGUCUUUAUUUGGUCCAAUCUAGAUGCAAUUUGGUCAGAACAUUUGUAACGACGGUUGUGUUCGAAAAAAGUUCAGAUCAGUAAAAAAACAUGGCCACUGGGGGGGGGGGGGUCCUUAUAUUUAUAUAUUUAAAAAAGUAGUGAACACUCUUGAAGACACAUUUUUGUCUAAUCAUCAUGAAAUUUUGUCUAAACAUAGAUUAAAAAAGUUGUUUCAAAUACGCGCAAGAAUUACGUUGAUAUCUCCAACAUCAAGGUCACACUGUGAGUUCAAAGGUCAAUAAUGGCCAUAAAUGAUCUUGUCCGGGCAAUAUAACUAUGACAUUCCUUGUGAGAUUUUAAAAUUACUCGGAACAUUUGUUCUCAAUCGUUGGACCGUGUGUCAUGCUCAAGAAUAGCGUCGAUAUCUCCAAAGUCACGGUCACACUUGCAGUUCCAAAGUCACAAAUGGCCAUAUAUGAGUUUGUGCAUGCCAUAACUAUGUCAUUCAUUGUGAUAUUUUUAAAUAACUCUGUACAUAAAUAUUUAUCACAGUAAAUGGACGGCGUGUCAUGCCAAAGAAAUCAAGAGUUCAAAGGUCAAAAUGGCCAUAAAUGAUAAUUGAUUAAUAAUUCUUAAAAAUCGCCAUAAAUAAGCUUUUAUUGUUUUGUGAAGACAGCAUGAAACAUAUUCUGUGUCAAAGCCGCAUGUGGGGUUAUACGUCACGUCUGUGACAAAGCUCUCUAGUUAUAAUAAUUUUUUGAAAACCCGGUUUUGUGACAAUUUUGUCCAUUGUUUUUUUUUUUUUUUUUUUUUUUUUUUUUACUGGAGCAUUUGGGAUCCAAUUUUUACAUUUAUCAAUAUAAACCAUUUAAUGGCAAACUUCAAUACAUGCCAAAAUCUGUAAACAGGCCCCCAUUCUAUUUAUUGUGUUAGACAGAAAUACAAAUAUGUUUGUGUGUAUAUUUUUAUUUGUUAUGCAAAAACUUUAUAUAAACGGGAGGAAAUAAUAUCUACCCUUAUUUUUUAUUAUUUUGUAAUAAUUAUUUAGUUAUGUUAACUGGAGCUUAAAAAAUCUUCUGUUAAAGCUUAAGACUUCUCAGCCAUCAUUUAUCAAUAUGUUUUAAAAGUUACUAUUUUCCUCAAAUGUUUAGUAUUUAAAAGUGAUGUAAUAAAUUGUAUUGAACUUUUUUAAUGGAAUAUGGUAAUACAUACAUGCAUUGCCCCAAAAAUGUGCAAGUUAUUUUAAAAAAUAUUUUUUUUUAGAUCAUAUGCCUUAACAAAUUGUUAGGUUACUUAUUUCAACACUAGGAUUUUCGGGUCACCGGCUACAAUAGUAGCUGCGACAAAAGUCACAAAUAUGGAUAACUUCUCCAUCAUCUGUGUGUAUGUUUCUGUCCAUCAAACUGACCGAAGCAUACAUUUAAAGAUAUCAACUUCAUACAAACAUAUAUCAUUUUGUUUGAAAGAACUAUAGUAUUAAGUGUGAAAUGUUUAACGGACAGACAACAUGUUUAAGAAGAGUUUCUUUUUACAAUUAUAUAUUUGAUUAUGUUUUCAUUUUAAAAGGUUUAACACUUUCUGUGUUGAAAAUUUCAGAUUAAUCGGCCGACUUGCUUGGAAAUUAGGAAACUUAAAAGUUGCCAAAACUUGCAAAAAUGCCAUUUUUGUGUGACAUUUAUUUUUUGGUAAAUAAGAAGUGCUUGUAAAAAAAAGUAUAGUAUCAUAUUAAAUUAUGUUUGUAUUUAUACUGUAGCAAGACUAUCUGUCUUUCUCAGAAAGUCAUUUUCAAGAGAAAAAAUUGCUUAUUUUAGGUGUUUUUAGCUCACCUGAGCACAACGUGCUCAUGGUGAGCUUUUGUGAUCGCCUUUUGUCCGUCGUGCGUCGGCAACAUUUUGCCUUGUGAACACUCUAGAGGCCACAUUUAUUGUCUGAUCAUCAUAAAAUUCGGUCAGAACAUUUGUCCCAUUCAUACCUUGACUGAGUUCGAAACUGGGUCAUGCUGGGUAAAAAAUUAGAUCACUAGGUAAAAAAAAAAGAAAAACCUUGUGAACUCUGUAAAAGUCACAUCUGAUGCCCAAUAUUCAUGUAACUUUGUCAAAAUGUUUGUCAAAAUGAUAUGUUGGUUGAGUUUAAAAAUGGUUCCGGUCCAUUGAAAAACAUGGCCGCCAGGGGGCGGGGCAGUAUUCCUUAUAUGGCUAUAGAGAAAACUUGUGAACACUCUAGAAGUCACAAUUUUUCCCAAUCAUCAUGAAACUUUGUCAAAACAUUGGUUUCAAUGAUAUCUCGGAUGAGUUCGAAAAUGGUCCAGAUCGGUGAUUAAAAAACAUGGCCGCCAGGGGGCGGGGCAGUUUUCCUUAUAUGUCUAUAGUAAAACCUUGUUAACACUCAAGAGGCCACAUUUAUUGUCCAAUCUUCAUGAAAUUUGGUCAGAAGAUUGGUCUCAAUGAUAUCUUGGAUGAGUUUGAAAAUACUUACGUUUUCUUGAAAAACAUGGCUGCCAAGGGGCGGGGCAUUUUUCCUAAUAUGGCUAUAUAGGGCUAUAGUAAAACAUUGUGAACACUUUAGAGGCCACAUUUAUUUCCAAUCUUCAUGAAAUUUGGUCAGAAGAUUGGUCUUAAUGAUAUCUUGUAUGAGUUUGAAAAUGGUUACGUUUGCUUGAAAAACAUGGCUGCCAAGGGGCGGGGCAUUUUUCCUUAUAUGGCUCUAUAUGUCUAUAGUAAAAUCUUGUUAACACUCUAGAGGCCACAUCUAUUGUCCGAUCUUCAUGAAACUUGGUCAGAAGAUUCCUUCCAAUAAUAUCAUGGACAAGUUCAAAAAUGAUGCUUGUUGGUUGAAAAACAUGGCCGCCAGGGGGCGGGGCAUUUUUCCUUAAAUCGCUAUAGUCAAACCUUGUUAACACUCUAGAGGCCACAUUUAUUUUCCUAUCUUCAUGAAACUUGGUCAGAAGAUUUGUCCUAAUGAUAUCUUGGAUGAGUUCGAAAAUGGUUUCGGUUGCUUAAAAAACAUGGCCACCAGGGGACAGGGCAUUUUUGCUAAAAUGGCUAUAUAUCAUGCUUUAGUAAAACCUUGUUAACACUCUAGAGGCCACAGUUAUUGUCCGAUCAUCAUGAAACUUGGUCAGAUGAUUUGUCCCAAUGAUAUCUUGGAUGAGUUCGAAAAUGGUUCCGGUUGGUGGAAAAACAUGGCCGCCAAGGGGGCGUGGCAUUUUUCCUUAUAUGGCUAUAGUAAAACCCUGUUAACACUAUAGAAGCAAUAUUUAUUGUACGAUCGUCAUGAAACUUUGUCAGAAGAUUUGUCCCAAUGAUAUUUUGAAGUUCGAAAUUGGUUCCAGUUGCUUGAAAACCAUGACCACCAGUGAGCGGGGCAUUUUUCCUGAUAUGGACUUAUGAAUCUUCAUGAAACUUUGUCAGUAUAUUUGUUGAAAUGAUAUCUCGGAUGUGUAUGAAAAUGGUUCUGGUCUGUUGAAAAACGUGGCUGCCAGGAUGUUCACUAGUCAAGAAAGUUGAUAAGAACAUGUUCUAAUGACAUAUUGGGCUUCACAGAACAGGUCAGUUCCUUUUAAUCUCAGGUGAGCGACUUUGGGCCUUUCAGGUCCUCUUUUUUAAAAUGUACUCAAUUGAGUCUUAAAGAGCAUUUUCAUACCUUCAUUACAUAUUGCAUGAAAUUAACAAUAAGGGCGGUCUUAAAAUGUAUGUAACCUAUCUAUUUCACUAGACGUUAAGCACCAUUGUCUUACACAGUCACAGCUUGAUGGUGUGUCUCUUCUAAUUCUCACUGUUUGAUGAUAUCAGAUUUGUAUGAAAAGCUAUCUUCACUUAUUCUCAAGACCCUAGCACAGGUAUACAUUUUUUAGUCAAAUAUGCUGACAAGUAACAACUGUACAUUGCAUGGAAUAUGUGUCCCAGCAGUCACGGUUUUUGUCCCAACAGUGACGGCUGUUUAAAGUGCCUCUUUGUCUGCUUUAACAUCACCCUAAACAUAAGUAUGCAUGACAUUGUGUUCAUUGAACAGCCAUUGAGAGAAUAAGACUGGUCUUUGACCUUUCAGGUUUAUAAAUUCAUCAUACUAACUCUAGAAACUUUUUGUCGCAACAGUCACGGCUGAUGUACUAUACACAGAUCACAAACUUUUAGUGGGUCCAAAAAUUAUUACUUUGUGGUCCAAAUAAUUCCCAAACCUCUGUUAUUUUAAUUUUAUAACAUUGUAGUGUAAAAUAUGCAUAAAUACACACAAAAUGAUGGUCUUAAUGCAAUUGAACAUGUCCCAACAGUCACAUUUAUGUAUUUAUUAAUUCUUAACAAUAUCUACAAUAAACUG